AUGUGGAAUGACGCACCCACGAACAAUGUGGUCUACAUGGACGAGCAGACCCUUCGUAAGACGUCCAUGGCAACGGUCGAAAAGUUUACAACCUUCCCGAAACAGAAGCGCUUCGUUUUUUGGUAAGUUUUUUGAUAGCAGCUUUAGUUUUUACCACGGUGACAUGUUAUACGAUGAAAAAGUUUCAAGUGAUAGCUAAAAUUUGCUCAUCCCAACAAUUUUCAGGCACAAAACCCGUCUUCUAGUAUUGGCUUUGGUCACCGUCGCUCUAACAAUAUGCGUUUCAAAUGCGAUGAUUUUCAAUUUCACCGUAAUCUGCAUGAAUAACGAUGCUGCCAGUGGAAAUGACAGUUUUCUUGUUGGUAAGCAAUUAAAAAAAUUGCUGAAAACUCACUUCGCGUAUUUUACAAUCUUCAGUUUAAUUGACCGACUCUUUAGGGCUUGUAAAACACUUUUUUUUGGUCAAGCAUAAUAUAAUUUUAGCCAAAAGAGAACGGUAAUUAAUUUGUUCCAGAAGCAGUUCCAAUGUUCUCAGACGCCGAGCGGAGUUGGCUACUCUCUAUGGUGGCCGUGGGCACAAUUCUUGGCACCCUACCCAUCACUUAUAUUGUGUCCAAAAUUGGUAUUCGGUAAGUCAAACCACACCUCCAAAAUUCCUGUUCAGUCAAAUGUUCACUCUCUACGGCCUCAUCUCCGCGUUUUCGGUCUUGAUUUUCCCGUUGGCCGUUAGUUUCGGCUAUUGGCCGACGCUUUUUAUCCGGAUGGUACAAGGUGUUGCGCUAACUGCCUCGUGGUCUGUAUUCGGCGCGGUGAUUGCGGAAUGGGCCGAACUCAAAAGGAGUGGAACAGCGGUUGCGUAUCUUUCAUGCCAUCUUCAGCUGGCUCCAAUGCUCACCACGCCAGUUUCAGCCGAACUGUGCGAAAGUUCGGCCGGAUGGAGCUGGGCCUACUACCUACACGGAAUCUUUACGAUUCUUGUUUUUGCAGUGUUUUAUUGGUUUUACCGAGAUUCUCCGGCUCUACAUCCGUAAGUUUGGGUUUGACGACAUUUUAUACGAAAGAGGUAUUUUUCGUAUAAAAUGUCACUCUGAUGAUUAUUCGAUUUUUUGUUGUAACAAGGUGUGAAUUAGUACAAGAAGUAGUGAAAGACUUGAUAUACGACUUUCAGCAAUGUUUCCGACAAAGAAUUGAAAAUAAUCCAGGAGGGAAAAGUGGUUCGAAUCCACGAAGCCGGCCAAUUCGAGCCAGUCCCAUACAAAGCGAUAUUCACUGAUAAAUGCACUCUCGGAAUUAUGGGCACCGCCUUGAGCAAUAUUAUUGCUUUCAGACUCUUCUUCCAGUAUGGCCCCAUCUAUCUGAAUGAGGUAAAGUAAUAUCCUUUCAAAUAAAUUAAUUUUUAAUGGGUUUUAAAAAUCUUUUGGGGUGUAAAAUUCUCUCAAUACUCCAAAAAUUAUGACUAGAGUUGAAUGAGACGUAUUUUACAAUUUCAAUUUCCAGAUUCUCCAUUUUGAUGUCCAAGGAACGGGUUUCGCGGCCGCCCUGCCAUUCCUGUUGUCGCUGCUUGGCAAAUUUGUUGGUGGGCCCAUCAGUGACACCCUACCCGGCCUCACCGACAAGCAACGUGUUAUCGCGUUCGCCUCGUUCUCUCAGUUCUUGUUGGCCGCGGCUUACUUUGGAUUGGCUUUUAUGCCCGAAGGCGCCGUUGGACUAGGCCAAUUUUGUUACACCGCAGUCAUUGCGCUGAGUGGAUUGGACACUGUCAGUGUGCUAAAGAGCUUACAGUUGGUAAGGAACAAGUUUGAGAAUAUUUUGUGGUCGGAGACAUUGUAUACGAUAAAAGAUGUUUUUAGGAAGUUUUGAGUUUUUAUCGUAUAAAAUGUCAUCUAAAUGUAAACUGCAAGUAACACAAGUAUUGAUUUGUGAUUUAGAGGUAAUUCACACUAUUAUUUGUUCGAGACGUUUUAUACGAGCAAAUUUUUGGGGACUUUUGAAUUUCAUCGUAUAAAAUGUCAUGUUAGUGGAAAAUGCAUAGAUAAACAAUAUCUGAAAAAAAUGAAGUAUCGUUUUAGACCUCAGGUCGUUUUGUCCAUGUUUUAAUGUCCGUCAACUCACUGAACGAAAGUUUGACACUUUUUGGACUGGCUGCAGCCGUUUCAAUCUUUGUGCCGACGAGUACCAGUGAAGAAGUAAGUAAAUUCUACUUGGUUUGGUCAGAUGAAAGAGUAGACCGUAUUUUUGUAUAUUUUCUGACCCAAGCUUUGAAAAUAAAAUACGUAAUUUCCAGUGGUCUCGAGUGUUCAUUUUCAUGGGUGCGAUGAUGACCAUUUUUACCAUUAUUUUCAACUGCACAACUGAAGUCACUCCUCGUUCAUGGGCCGCACAGACCUCCGACAUUAGCCAAGAACUCAAUUUCGAAUUCCCAGCCGAACGCUUGGCCAAUCUCCAACAAAUUGAGAGAGUCAUCAACGAUCGCCGAAUGUCGAUUAAAAAUCAUAAAAGCAGCUUGCCAAGGGAAAACAGAAAGAUUUCCAUCUUGUCUUUGACAAGAGUCCGAUGA